CAUUCAGCACUGAGCACAGAGCAGCUGGAGGAGAGAGAGAGAGGGAGAGAGACAUCGGAGCAGCACAGCGGCACUGAGGACACACCACACCACCACCCCCCCAUCCCUGGAAAAUUCCCGUGCAGAACCUCCAGCAUGCUGGAGAGCCGGGUGCUGAAGGAAGGUUUGCUGGAGAAACGCAGCGAUGGCCUGCUGCAGCUGUGGAAGAAGAAGCACUGCAGGCUGACGGAGGAGGGGCUGCUGUUAAACCCCCCCAAACCCCCCCAGCAGCAGCAGCAGGAGGGGAGUGGGGGGCAGGUGAAGGAACUGCACUUCGCCAACAUGAAGACGGUGGACUGUGUGGAACGUAAGGGGAAGUACGUGUACUUCACGGUGGUGAUGAGUGAGGGCAAGGAGAUAGAUUUCCGGAGCCGUCAGGAUGAUGGCUGGAACGCGGCGAUCACGCUGCAGAUGGUGCACUACAAAAACAAACAGGCCAUCCUUGCCGUGCGCUCCACCAGGCAGAAACAGCAGCUGCUUGUCGUCCAGCUGGCUGGACAGAAAACAGCCGCCAGAUCACAAGAGGCAGCGUAAAAUGUACAGGCUUUUAUGGAUAUCUCACUGACUGUUGGUGGACGCUCCUGGUUCCGUGCUGACCUGCAGACUCAUCCACGGAUUUCCCUGCUGGAAAAACCACAGAGAUCAACCUGGAGCUCCAGCAGCAUCCUGAAACACUCUCAGAGUGGACAAUAACGGGGUUUCUGGAACCAUCUCUGCAUUAUUUAUUUAUUUGUAUGUGUGUAGAUUUUGUCAGAUUGUUUUUACAUGAAUGUUUGUCAUAUGACUGAAGGUUUGCGUUCUGCACAUGUGCUACACUCCACAUUAGCUGAAAUGCAGUGUAGGCCUGUGAAACAGUUUCAGCACUGUUUCUAUUAUUUUGUCCCUCUGGAUUAAGAUCCACUAACAGAUGGUUAUCAUUACGUCAUUUGAUUUGGAAAUGCAUGUAAAUAUGCGGAAAACUCUACAACUGCUUCCUAUUCUGUUAUCAAACCAAAGAAGCUACAAUACAGAUCGCAGUAAAGACUGAAAAGUUCAACAGAUGUAUGGGUCAGAUUUUGGAUUGUGAUCAUUAUUUAAUUAUUGAGUGCAAAUUCUCUGCAUUUGAUUGGAGCAGCAUUCAGAAGACUUUCAUAUUCAUAAAAACUGUGCUUUUGCCGAAAUCACCCAAGUAAUCAAGGCGAUAGUUUGGUGAAAAAUCAAAUUGUCCCCCUUACCCCAAAUGUAGUUUAGAUAUCUGAAGUUUUCUUCUUUAGUUUUAACACUCGAGCUACAAGUCUAAUUUAAACAACAGGCAAUGAAAGCUUAUAUCCAACCAAUUAGCAUGGUGCUAACGGCAUGCCUAAAUCAUCAAACACUUCAAACAGUUAUCUAUAUUAGUUUUAUAGCUCAAGUGCUAAAACUAAAGAAGCACACUUCAGACACCAAAUAUGUGUAUUACACUUGGGGUAAACUGGGAGAAAACUGGGUAAAUUUGACUUUUGUCUGAAGUAUUUCGGUAAGACGGACUGUGUGACUGAAAGAACACUUCAAAAACACAUUUGGUCUGUCUGAGGGAUCUGCAUCUUUACACUCUGCAUUAGAUCUUUAUUCUUUUGAUGUAAAGAUCAGUGUGUCAGUUUUUAACACAGCCAGCUGUGUGAAACUGUGUUCUGUAUGCCGAAGUUAAAGCUGCUUUCAUACCUCUGAAAUAUACAUUCCAUUUCAAACACA